GGACCUCUGCCCACAAAGUCUGGCCUCCCACCCCGCCUCCCUUCUCGGAGAGAAAGUUGUGGCUAAAGCGGAGAGGACUUAGAGGAAGUCCAGAGCACACGCGGCCCCCCUCAGGAGGUCCACAGGCUGAGGGGGACUUGAUUGACUGUUAGAGAUAAGAUGAGAUGGACCAGCUAACCAGACUGGUGGACUUCUCGGGAGACUUGCCGCAGGAACGGGAGUCCACAAGCAGACUGACGUCCCUUCCGCCAAAGGGAACCGCGGGAUCCAGUCCCAGGAACAUGGCCAGCAGCAGCGGCGGUGGGACGGCAUUGGAGAAGAAUGUCUUGACGCAGAAGAGCAGCACCACUUACUUCACUUCCUCGUCGGUGGGCGUGAGCAGCGGCGGCUACAGCUCCUCCUCGGGGGUCUACCUGGGAGGAGACGGCGCCGCCAGGAGCGACAACGGCGCCUACCUGGACGGCGAUGGCUACGGCAGCGGCGGCGGAGGAAGCUACCUGGUGAGCUCGGUGACAAAGGUCAGCUCGGCAGGCGGCGCCAAGAGAGGGCAGGCGGGCGCCAGCGCCGCCGUCGCCUCCUCCUCGGCCUCGGAGAGGAAGCACGCAGCGAGCGGGCGGUCGGGAGGUUACGACGGGAGUUCCAGUGCUAAUUCCUCCCCGGACUUUACACGCAAAGACUAUGGCGUCUACUGCUCCGGCUCCAGCCGAGGAAGAAGCGCCAGCAGAGAGAGCGAGAUCCGGGCCAGACUGCAGAGCGCCUCUCCCACGGCCGGCAGAUGGGCGGAGCUAGACGACGUUAAGAAGCUGUUGAAGGUCCGCUCCAGCAGCACCAGCCCCCCCCGCGCCGCCAGCACCUCCGCCAUCAUGGCUGGUCCCAAGAAGGCCAGCGUGGAAACCCAGACCAUCUCCGUGACCUCCAGGGCCUCUCAGUCGGUUUUAACCUUCCCUUCAGGGGUCCGACCCAACGUCUUCCAGACGGUGGGCACGGCCGACCUGUUCGAGACCGACCACUUUGACACGAUGGGGAAAAGCAGCCAUUACGAAGGCAGCGUCAAGUCGGCCCAGUAUGAUACUGGUGUCAGAUCAGUGGCGUACGGCACGGCUGGCAAGGCGGGACAGUACGACGCCGGCGUGAGAUCCAUGUCGUACGACACCGGUCUGUGGUCAGGACAGUACGAGGAUCGUGUCCGGCAGGACGCGGCUGUCAAAUCCAUGACUCUCGGCGUGAGAUCCGCCCAGUACGACGGCAGCCUGAGGUCGGGCCAGUAUGAUACUGGUCUGAGAUCAGCCCAGUAUGAUGGCAGUCUGAGAUCAGGCCAGUACGAUACAGGUGUGAGGUCCAGCCAUUAUGAUGGUAGCCUGAGGUCGGGCCAGUAUGAUACCGGCGUGAGGUCCAGUCAGUACAGUAUCAGUCAGAAGUCAGGGAUCCACGACUCGGCGGUGAGGUCGGCCCAGUAUGGAUCCUCCACGCUGGAUGCUGGACUCCCGUCCUUCCCCUGGCCCACCUCCACGCUGCCCGCCUCUGCCGCGGUGGCGGCGGCGGGCGGCAGCAGUUACACGUCCCACCAGGCCAACGCCAACAACAUGUCGGCAGGAAUGUCACCUUCUGGCCUCACGUCACCUUCGCUGUCAGUUUAUGGCUUUCAGAAUAAUUUGGCGCCCGCUUCUGCCGGCGCUGUGCUCACUGCAGGUGCAGGCAACGCCAGCGCGGCAGCAGCUUAUGGAGUGCAGAAAAACAUGUCCAGCGGCGGCGGUGUUGUGGGUACCGCUGUCUCUUCAACCACUAGAUCCCAGAACGAGGACGCGUACAGAGACUACACUCUUGUCAACACGGACAAGGAGAACCUGUCUGGGAGGAGGGAGACGGAGACGCUGGUUCUGGCCAAGGACAGCGGCAAGCAGUUCACCAGGACUGCAGGUGGAGGUUCCGUGUCAGGUGACUCCCUGCAGAAGGAGAAGAUCAUCAGCAGCUUCAGCGAGGCGUCUCAGCUGAAGGCGGCGGGAGGAAACACUUACUAUGGAUCGUCAGGAGUUGUAAUGAAGGACCAAGCCACACAUGCAAAGAUUCGCCGAAAGGGCGGAGUCUUCGGGGGCGGAGGGUGGUGCUGCUGCUCCGACGCUUGUUGCUCCUGGUGGAAGUGGCUGCUGGCCUUCCUGCUCCUCUUCUUGCUGCUGCUCGGACUCCUUUUUGGCCUCAUUGCACUGGCGGAGGACGUGAGGAAGCUAAAGAAUCGAGUGGCUACCCUGGAAACCGAGUCGGCCAUUAUCUCCGCUCGCACCAGUCAGCUGGUGGGCGGCGGUGGCGGCACCUACGUGGACGGCGGCGGUCAGCGAACUGACAUCUUCCUGUUCGGAGGCGGCGGCGGCGGAGGCGGUGUUGCUGCUGGUGGUGGUGGCGCUGCUGGUGCUGGUAGCGCUGGGGGCGCUGCAGGUGCCGGCGGUUCUGCUGGUGCUGGUGGCGCUGCUGGUGCUGGUGGCGCUGCUGGUGCCGGCGGUUUUGCUGGUGCCGGCGGUUUUGCUGGUGCAGGCGGUUCUGCUGGUGCUGGUGCUGGUGCUGUUGCUGGUGCGGGUGCUGGUGCUGGCGGCGUUGCUGGUGGUUCUGCAGCUGGUGGCUCUGCUGGUGGACAAGGCGUUGGUGUCAGCACCGGAGCUGCAGGUGCAGCUGGAGGUGCAGCUGGUGGUGCAGCUGGAGGUGCAGCUGGAGGUGCAGCUGGCGGUGCAGCUGGCGGCGCCGCCGGAGGUACCGGUUCCAGUGGCGGCUCAAGUAGCAGCACAGGCGUCCUGACAAGCUCUGGCGGCACCAAAGUUAGCGGCGGGUCCAGUGGUUCCACUUUCACCCACGGCUUCUGGAUCAACGGCACAGGUGGUUACAUCGAUGCUGCCUCGCUGCAAGUGGGCAUCCAGCGUAUGGUCCGAGCUGAACUGCAGUCACAGGCAUUCCGAGGGUUUCUCACUUCCUCUCUGCAAGGAGACCCAGGCCUGCCUGGACCUAAAGGUGAUUCCGGUCAUCCUGGAGUUCCAGGUGUUCCUGGCUCAAUGGGUCACGAGGGCCCCCAGGGUCCCAAAGGCCAGAAAGGAAGCCAAGGUGACCACGGCACCGAGGGUCCCCAAGGUACCAGGGGGCGUGAAGGUCCACCUGGGCCCAGAGGGGAACCUGGCUUUAGCUCCAAAGGUGAAAAAGGUGAUGUUGGGCUCGUUGGCCAAAAAGGUGAACCUGGUCCACUUGGGCUGGCGGGAGAAAAUGGACCCAAAGGGUCCUUGGGACCAGCUGGACAAGAUGGCCAAAAAGGCUCUCGAGGUGACCAAGGCAGUCCCGGCCAGCCUGGACUCAGAGGUCCUUCUGGGCUGCGUGGAGAAGCAGGUCCUCCAGGUGCACCUGGGCAUCAAGGUCCACCAGGUGAACCAGGAAGAAUUAUUAAUGCAGCUGGACUCUCCACUGUUGGUAUCCCUGGACCUCCUGGGCCUGCAGGACCUCCAGGUCCCAGUGGGCCUGCUGGUCUACGUGGUCCCAAAGGCGACAGGGGAGACCAAGGACUAGCUGUGUCCUCGACCGGGACUUUCAGCUCCAGCUCCACGGCCGAGAGACAAUAUUCAUCAGGUGGUGUCUCCUUGCUACCUGGCCCACCUGGUCCACCUGGACCACCUGGACGUCCAGGGGAUUCAAGGCAGGGUCCUCAGGGACUACCUGGUCCACCUGGUCCAUCAGGUUACGGGAGACCAGGUCCUAAAGGAGAGAAAGGGGACUCUGGUUUUGUAUCCAGCUCUGGAACCUACUAUACUGGACAACCAGGACCCCCUGGACCUGCUGGGCCUGCUGGCCUGAAAGGAUCCACAGGUUCUCCUGGACCAAGAGGUUUCCAAGGAGAGCCCGGUUUGCCAGGAAGACCAGGAAGCUUGGAGAGAGUGACAACAUAUAACGGAGAACACAGCGUACAAGGACCUCCUGGACCACCAGGGCCUCCUGGUCUGCCAGGUCCACAAGGACUGAAAGGUGACACCGGAACUCCUGGUAUUCCCGGAUCUUCUCGAGGCUCAGUCUCAGUCGCCUCAGGGCCUCCUGGUCCUCCAGGUCCGCAAGGACCUCCAGGGCAGCCCGGUUCCUUCACCUCGUCCGUCGAGAUGCGGCAGUACCUUACGGAUUACAUAAGUCGAGUCAGAGAAUCCACCAUCCAGGGACCUCCAGGUCCACCUGGACCGCCAGGACAACCCGGAAUCUUUACAGGCUCGUUGGAGGAGAUGUCUGCUCGCAUUGUCGCCUACUUGCAACGUACUGGUUCAAGCUCAGGGAUCAGCAUUGGAGUUCAAGGUCUUCCCGGACCUCCCGGCCCCUCAGGUCCCGGUGGGGCGCUGACUAUCAGUGGUCUCAUCGCCAUGUUACAGAGAGACGAAGUGAGGAGAUACAUUACGGGGCCACCAGGACCUCCUGGUGCACCGGGAAGUCUUUCCAACAUUUACAAUAUCGAGGAAGUGGCGACGUACGUCUUCAACAUAAUGAACGACCGAGGACUUGCAAGAGGACCACCCGGACCGCCAGGCCUUCCCGGGCCUCCAGGUGGAGGAGACUCGGGCUACUCGACCGUGACGAUAGAUUACACGGCACUGAUCAGAAACCCAGAGUUCCGUACUUGGAUUAGUUCCUCCGCAAACCAAGGUCCCGCCGGUCCUCCCGGUGUUCCGGGACAAUCCGGUCCUCCGGGGCCUCAGGGGCCUCCGGGGGUGUCCGUGCUAGGAGCCGGUGGUCGCGGGUACACCUUGGAGGAGCUUCAGCGUUACCUACAAGGCUCUGGACUCCGAGGUCUUCCCGGCCUCCCCGGACCUCCGGGCCCACAAGGACCAGGCGGUAGUCACGGUGGGACCGUCACUUACAGCGGCAGCUUCCCCCGGGAGACCAUCCGCACUGAAGUCCACGACUAUCUGAGCACCGAGAGCGUCCGACGCGCCUACACCGGAGCCCCGGGGCCGCAGGGGCCAAGAGGCCUGAAGGGGGAGCGCGGAGAGCCAGGUUACACCCAAAGACAGAGUCAGAGCUCCUCUCAGAGCUCGGCUCAGAGCGACUCUCGCUACGUGUCCCAGCAACAGCAGGUCAGCGACGUCAGCGACUACACCAGCGUGGCCUUGAAGGUCACCGACUACAUCAAGAGCCAAGGCCUGUUGCAGGACUACCUGGUAGAAGGUCCAUGGAGGACUCAAGUCAGAGCGGUCCAAGGCCCGCCGGGACCCCCAGGACCUCCUGGAGCGCCCGGCUUCAGCCGAGUGAUGGCGUCUUACGGCAACAUCACCGCUGACCUCAUGGACUUCUUCAGAAGUCACGGCACCGUCCCCGGUCCUCCAGGGAGUCCCGGACCAAAAGGAGACAGAGGCUUCCCCGGACCCCGGGGAGACAAAGGUGAAUCAGGACGUCCAGGAUUACCAGGAAUACCAGGGUCCUACACCAUCCAAAUACCACAUCGCGUACAGAAGAGAGAUUCAGCAGGAAGUCAAGUCAUCAAACGGGGGAAGCGCGGCGUGAGAGCUGACGGCUAAAACCUCAACAGAAGCGAAGCAAGCCAAAGAAAAAGCUUCUGUAGAAAUGCAACUACAUCAAUAAAAAAAAAAAAACUGCUUUAUUAAUAAUUCAUGAGCUUGAUGCUGCUGCUCAGUGCUUUAGUUUCCAUGUCUGACAAUAAUACUGGCUUUGGCCUUUUUAAAGAACAUAUUUUAGCUCCUUAGAAGAAAAACAACUAUUCUACUGUAUUGAGGUCAAUUACUGUUUGUUGUAUAAAAUAUUUCAAAUGUUGCAGUAAGUUAGUGCGCUUAUGACUGAUUGUUGACUUGAAUCCAAAACAUUUUUAAAAAAGCCAAAUGCUAGUUUGAGGGGAUUUAGAUUGUAUAUUUUUGUAUGAGCUCACUGACUUUGUUGUCCUUCACAUUUUCAAACAAUAAAUUAUAAAAAGUA